GGGGUGAUUAUGCAAUUACGCAGUAAGUUAAGCCCCACACGAGAGUUAGCGGGGCGAGCCCGUGGUGCGGUUCGGUCCGUGGAGGGUGCCCUGCUCGAUUGGGAUAAAGCAGGGGUAGUCCAAACUGGACAUCUAGUGUACUGAGAAAGACCUCCGUACCCGAAACUCCUCACCCAAAGAACCUCCUUCAACUUGAACAAGAACAACAACCUACAACAUGAUGGACACUCAAGCACACCGCGUUUUCCUGUCCCCGGCCCUGCCGUCCGACCUCCUGCAGUUCAUCAUCAACCACUGCAGCUAUCCCACCACCCUCAUAAUCUGUGCCGGCCGUUCAGAGUUCCUGGCCUCCCUCAUACAAGACCUCUCACAACACCAGCAACAGUACCAGAACUUACAACAACACCCUUCAACCGAACCACCACCACCACCACCACCCCACGACACCGCCGUGCAGCAAGGAUCGACCUCUACUGCAGCCAAUCCGCCACCGCAACUCCAACAACUGGAACACAAACCGCACCCCCUCCUGACCUGUCCGCUCUCCCAGCUAACGGUGACGCGGCACGUCCGCACAGUUUUCAUCCCAACCGUGUCCCACCUUCGCGCCUUCCUCUCCGUAUUUUCUUCCAAGGGAGACGUCCCAGCACCGCCACCCCAACCAGGACCGGGAAAGGGAAAUGUGAAGGUGAAGCCAAGGGAGAGGGAGAGGGAGAAGGAGACAGGUGACGGACGGCGUCUUCCGCUGCUGGUGGUGUACGACUUCCUCUCGCUCCACCGCGACACGAGCGAGUGGAGCGUGCAGGGUCUGGGGACAAGUGCGGCGGUGCUGGUUGAGGCGGGGAGGAGGGCCGGGUUGGGCGUUCUUGUUGUUGAGGGAGCACGUGUUGUUGGCUCAGGGCAAGGGGCCGCUGGCGAAGAGCGUCGGGGAAUGGGAGGGCUGCUGGAGGAGGGGGUGCCUGUCCUGAGCGGGAGUGCGAGGCGGACUGGGGGUGAUCUGCAGGGCACCGGGUGGGCGGGUAAGACGGUGGAUGUUGGGCGGGUUCUGCGUCGUUGGUUCCAAUUUCGGACGGGACCGUGGAGCGCUGGGGAAGGUCACGCUGGAGGUAGCGGCGGUGGUUGAUGGGCAUGUGUGAAUUUCCGUUGCGUUAUGAGGUCUAUUUUUCAUCGUCGACAUUCGUGUCAGUAUUCCGUACAACCCAGUAUGAACAAAUGCUUGCAGCCCAACCCCGACACCGAC